UACUGAAAAAGUUGACUGUAUACUAAGAAGGAUGGUCAGCUGUAAAAUGGCCCGUGAAAGCCCAACAGGAAUUUCCAACAGUUUCAGGCUCAAACACCUUCAAAUCGACAUCACAGAAACCACAUCGUCAACCGCCAAAAAGAAGCCGAAGCAAAAUCGAAACAAAAAACAUGUUCAAUCUCAACAGAACGAUUGCCAAUCCCAAACUAUGGAACAAAAGGAACUCCCAACAAUCGCGCAGAUCGCCAUUGUUUUUCCCCUCGAUUUUUCUUAUUUCUCUUUGCUUCUUCUUCUUCUUCCUCACUUACACUCCCAUCCCCAAUUACAUGAUAUUCUCAACCUCUUUGAAAACCGUAAACGUAGCCCUAACCCACCAAUACCCACAUUGCGAAACUCGAUUUCAUGGGGAGAAAUUCUUGUGGUAUGCGCCUCAUAGUGGGUUUAGUAACCAGCUUUCUGAGUUCAAAAACGCCAUUUUAAUGGCCUCUAUUUUGAACCGUACCUUAAUUGUCCCUCCUAUUCUUGAUCACCAUGCCGUAGCUCUUGGUAGCUGUCCUAAAUUCAGGGUUCAGAGUCCUAAAGAGAUCCGGAUUUCCGUUUUGGAUCAUAUCAUUGAGCUCCUUAGGAGUAGGAGGUACGUUUCCAUGGCCGAUAUCAUUGAUAUUUCUUCAUUACUGUCAUUUUCACUCGUUCGAGCCAUAGAUUUCAGGGUUUUCGUGUUAUUGUGGUGUGAUUUGAAUGUUGAUUUGGUUUGCUCCAAUGGAUUGAAUGCGCCGCCGUCUCUGGUUGAAAGCUUAAAGCUAUGUGGCUCUCUGCUUUCCGGAAUUGAUGGUAAUAUAAAUCAAUGUUUAUAUGCUGUCGAUGACGAUUGUAGAACAACAGUUUGGACAUACCAAAAUGGGAUGGAUGGGAUGUUAGAUUCAUUCCAACCUGAUGAACAACUCAUGAAGAGGAAGAAAAUUUCGUAUGUUAGACGACGUAGAGAUGUAUAUAGGACUCUUGGACCAGGUAGCAAAGCUGAAUCGGCUACUGUUCUGGCAUUUGGAAGCCUUUUUACGGCCCCAUAUAAAGGUUCCGAGCUCUAUAUUGAUAUCCAAAACGCACCAGCAGAUCCAAGGAUAAAUGCUUUAAUCAACAAGAUUGAAUUCCUUCCAUUUGUCCCUGAAAUUGUAAACUUGGGAAAGCAGUUUGCCACUCAGACAAUAAAGGCUCCUUUUCUCUGUGCACAGCUUAGGUUGCUUGACGGGCAGUUCAAGAACCAUUGGAAAGCUACUUUUCUGGGUUUGAGACAAAAAUUAGAUUCGUUAAGGCAGGCAGGUUCUCAGCCUAUACAUAUUUUUGCGAUGACCGAUCUCCCCCAAGGUAAUUGGACUGGAAGUUACUUGGGUGAUUUGGCUAUGGAUUCAGCGAAUUUUAAGCUGUAUUUUCUUGGAGAAAAUGAUCUCUUGGUGAUGAAUACGGCAAAGAAACUAGCACUCGCCAGACAUGGCCUUAGAUUCAAAUAUUUUCCUGGCAGUAUGGAUGCAGUGGCUAAGGUGGAGAAGCAUUGCUCCCUUGAUAUAUUACCUGAUGUACUCCUAUAUAUAGAGGAAACAAUUUGCAGUUGUGCUUCGCUUGGUUUUGUCGGGACCACGGGUUCAACAAUAGCUCAAAGUAUCAAGGUCAUGAGAAAAUUCGGUUUAUGUUCAAGUCCAAUUCGGUCUGCAUUUGCAUUAUGACAUUGAUUCAUUAUAACCAACUUGAUAGAAUUCCAGUGGUUCGGUUUGGUUCUCAGAAGGCAUGUCUAUGUGUGUUCUUUCAAAUUUGAAACUUCCAAUCAGAGACAAGGACUAUUUUCACGAUCAAGCUUGUACCAUAUAUUUAUUCACGAUAUGAUCCAACUGAUUUGCCAUAUUGUCAGUUAAAGAGCUUUUGACCAACGAGCACAUGAUCUCAGACGAAGUUCGAUUUCACUCACAGCUGCACCAGAGCAUUUAAGUCAAGGUUGGUUGUUUGUCAAAGGGAAAUCUUUAUACCUCCCAAAAGCAAAGUUUGUUUCGAGUGUUUUUCAUGAAAUUUAAUGACAUAUGAACUGGGAGAUGGAUGGUACAUGAUAUUAUUUAUGUAUGGUAUUGUUUAUUCAGUACAUUUUCAUUCCUUUAAGGGACUACUUGCUCAAGGGUCGGAUUAUUCAUCUGUUCGUGCUGGGCUCGAUAAGGGUAUUAGUAAAUUCGGUCCAGAUCGGAGCUCAGGCAAGGAGUUAUCAAAAAAUUCGGAUUGUGAUGUGGUCCGACACUCAUCUCAUGCUUCCUGAUAAAAUCAACACAAUCCCAGAAUCUUGUGUUAAUGGCCAAAUCAAUAUCAUUGAAGUAUUUUAGGUUUCUUUUUUUUUUUAA